AUGUACUUAAAACUUAGAGAAAAGCAAGUAGAUUUUUAUAUGUUCAUAAACUUCCAGUUCCAGGUUUUAAUGGAAAACAAGAGAGCUUACAUGUUCUUUCUGUUACUCCUUUGUAAUCUCACGUUAUGUUCUUCAGGUUCUCUGGUAGGCUACACUUAUAAAGAAAAGACAAAGGUUUCCAUAACCUCCGCCACUGAUCUGAAAACCAAUCCAACUACGGCGCCAUUCACAACGCCGAUAACUAAUCCUACAACGACUUAUCCAGUCCCACCAGCUGGAAGCACUCCAGUGGCGAUGCCCAUUGCCACACCCUAUACGACACCCUCUGCGAACCCGGGAACAUCUAGUCCUCCACCUGGUUUGGACUCUUUGGAGCAGAUAUGGUGUGUGGCUAGAACAGGACUGGUGGAAAGUGCUCUUCAAUCUGCACUAGAUUAUGUGUGUGGGAUCCCAGGUGCCGACUGCUCAGCUAUCGAACAGAAUGGUACUGGUUCUUGUGUUUACCCAUCAUCUUCAUCACUAGCAGCAACAACGCCCUCAAGCUCUAGCUCAUCUUCAUCUGUACUGAAUACUGGCAGUCCUGCAACCAGUGAUGCACCCAUUUCCGAGUUUCGACCUUCACCCUAUAGUAGCUCUUCAAUGUCUGGCUCAGCUCUCCUGAAGCCAUUGUAUCCUACUACUGUACUCCUUACUUCACUUUUCACCGCAAAACUGAUGGCGAAUAUGAGGUUGAUGGGUGAGAAGAGGAAGCAUUCAGUAAGCAAUUUUGAUUUCGAUAGCUCUGCAAAUGGAGAAACUUGUUCUUAG